UAUGGAUGAGAACAAUCCAAUAUCACCCACAAAACCACCAUCCAUUUAUUGAUAAUAAUAAAACAUAUUGAAGAAAGGGACAUGAUACGAGUCAUGGCAAUACCAGUUUUCCAAAACUAAAAGCCCCAUAGUGUUGUUGUUCUCACUGUGAUAGCUUCAAAAUUUGAGAGAGACAAGAGUUGUAGUUAGUGAACAAAUGGGUAAAGGGGGUAUGUCAAUUGAUGAUCAUGGGGAAGGAAAAGAUGGUGUUGAACAAGAGAAUAUGGCUGCUUGGCUUGUUAGUAUUAACACUCUCAAGAUUCAACCUUUCAAGCUUCCUCCUCUUGGACCCCAUGAUGUCAGGGUUAGAAUGAAGGCUGUUGGUAUCUGUGGGAGUGAUGUUCACUACGUCAAGGCAAUGAGAUUGGCAGACUUUAUAGUAAAAGAACCUAUGGUUAUUGGUCAUGAGUGUGCUGGGAUCAUUGAAGAAGUUGGUAGUGAGGUGAAGAAUUUGGAGGCUGGUGACCGUGUGGCAAUUGAGCCUGGGAUCAGUUGUUGGCGAUGUGAUCCCUGCAAACAGGGUAGAUAUAAUUUAUGCCCUGAUAUGAAGUUUUUUGCUACUCCACCAGUUCAUGGUUCACUGGCUAAUCAGGUAGUGCACCCAGCAGACCUAUGUUUUAAACUGCCAGAUAAUGUGAGCUUGGAGGAGGGAGCAAUGUGUGAACCCUUAAGUGUUGGUGUUCAUGCUUGUAGGCGUGCUAAUAUUGGUCCAGAAACAAAUGUGUUGAUCAUGGGAGCAGGACCCAUAGGACUUGUUACAAUGCUUGCAGCUCGUGCUUUUGGGGCACCCAGGAUCAUCAUUGUGGAUGUGGAUGACCAUCGUUUGUCUGUUGCAAAAACUCUUGGUGCAGAUAAUAUUAUCAAAGUUUCAACAAACAUUCAGGAUGUAGCAGAAGAAGUUGUACAGAUACAUAAGGUUAUGGGAGCUGGUGUAGAUGUUACCUUUGAUUGUGCUGGUUUUAACAAAACCAUGUCUACAGCAUUGAGUGCAACACAGCCAGGUGGCAAAGUUUGUCUAGUGGGAAUGGGUCAUUCUGAAAUGACUGUACCACUCACCCCAGCUGCUGCAAGGGAAGUUGAUGUGAUUGGCAUUUUCCGCUAUAAGAACACAUGGCCUCUUUGCCUUGAGUUUCUAAGGAGUGGCAAAAUUGAUGUGAAACCCCUUAUAACUCACAGGUUUGGGUUCUCUCAAAAGGAAGUGGAAGAAGCCUUUGAAAUAAGUGCUCGCGGUGGUAAUGCCAUUAAGGUCAUGUUCAAUCUUUAGAUACUGCAAUGCAACUUUACAAACUGUCUUAUUUUGAACAAAAUAUAUGUAAUUACGUUUCAUGUCCAUGCUCAUGCUCAUGUUAAACACCAAUGUAUUUAUAAUAUGGGGUAUGAAUAAAGUUGCUUCAGUAUGAACUUGUUCAAAAUGUUGUGAAUAGUAACUGCAG